CCUCAGUGACUCAUUGUCCUUGUAUAGUAGAAUCGCGCAUUUACCCUUCGUCUCCUAAACAGAACACAAGACUCAUAAGCCAAUCCAAACACUUACCUUUCUACUGACUGAGGUGGCGCCAACCCUGCAUUCUGCUACGGUGCUACCAAACACAAGUCCAACCUAUGGAUCCCUUAUCUUUCACUCUCAUUGCUCUCCUACUCCUCACUCCCGCAGGUGUGAAAGCUGCCACCUUUACAUUCGUAAACAAAUGCGACUACACAGUGUGGCCAGGCAUUCUCGCAAAUGCCGGUAGCCCACCGCUCCAAACCACAGGCUUCGAGCUCGCAAAGGACACUUCACGCGCCUUCCAAGCCCCCACCGGCUGGUCCGGUCGCUUCUGGGGCCGAACCGGUUGCAGCUUCGACGGAUCCGCCUCCGGUUCCUGCCUUACAGGCGACUGCGGCUCCGGCCAGGUGGAAUGCAACGGCGCGGGAGCCGCUCCUCCGGCGACCCUGGCGGAGUUCACGCUGGGCACCGGCGGGCAGGACUUCUACGACGUGAGCCUGGUGGACGGGUACAAUCUUCCGAUGAUCGUGGAGGGCAGCGGCGGGUCGGGUCUCUGCGCCUCGACGGGGUGCACGUCGGAUCUGAACCAGCAGUGCCCGGCGGAGCUGAGAGCCUCGGAGGGAAGCGCGUGCAAGAGCGCGUGCGAGGCUUUUGGAAGCCCGGAGUACUGCUGCAGCGGCGCGUACGGGUCUCCGGGCACUUGCAGACCGUCCAUUUACUCUGAAAUGUUCAAGGCUGCUUGCCCUAGGUCCUAUAGCUACGCAUACGAUGACGCUACCAGUACCUUUACGUGUACCGGUGCUGAUUAUACCAUUACCUUCUGUCCAUCAUCUCCAAGUCAGAAAUCUUCACGAGAUAUGAGCAGCCCAAUGACCUCAACAACAACACCACAAGGUUCUGCAGGGACAGUGACAGGAACAGGAACAGGAACGGGAUCCGAAGGAGCAGUGGUAUACACGGGUUCUGAUUCGGGAGUUGUGUAUAAUUCAGUUACGGAUUCGGGAUCAAGUUCAGGAUCCGGAGGAGAAACAAUGCUUGCAGAUGGGUCUUAUUUAGCUGGUUUAGCCAUGGGAGACUCCCCUACAAGAAUACUUUCUACGGCGUUUCUCUACUCUACUACCUUUUUGCUUAUUCUAGUUCUCUCCUUGUUUUAGCUGCACCAGCAUUCAUGUGUUGUGCCUUUUGUUUGUAAAUGGGUCUUAGAUUUUCAUGGUGGCUUCAAGAAUUUUGGCUUUGCCACGAAAGCUGGCAGAUUCUCCCUGAUUGUAAACCACCACCCCCAAGAUUCGCCAAAAAAAAAUAUUCCGUGUUUCAUUCGUUAAAGUCUAUGUUUUUAUAUUAUUAAUCUUGGGAGCAUUUAUCUCCCCAUCCAAGCUUUUUCAGGUACUAUGGUUUAAAAAGCGAACA